AUGACGCUUGUACUAGACAUGGUUGAGCAGUCUAUGACUCUCGACAAUUGUUGGAGAUCCAGUCAAAUGAUCUCUACUGUGAGUGCAAGACGUCACUACGAGUCGUCAAUGGUUAGACAAGCAUCCAUAGCUUCUCUGAUGGACAUCACUUCUUCGCUUUCUCCCCAUUACAUGGUAAAGCUUGCUGAAAUUGCCACUUCUGAGGUCAUCUCACCGAAGGUUGAAAGAAGUGACUUUUGGGACACUGUGUUUUCAGCAUCUGUUGACAAGAGAGAGUUCUGGGGGUUCGUAAAGCUCUUUCGGAGGUACCGCUUUUAUUAUGGUUAUGGCUUUGCAUUGUUACCUGAUUGGUCCUUCACUCCUUCUGGAGGGUUGUUUGUAGAGUAUCUUGUGAAGGCUGACACAGUCUGUGAGGCAGAGUUACGGGCCGUUUGUGAAAAGAGUUCCUCUACUACUUGCUCAGUUUGGGUGUUUUCUCUGGUUAGCAAACUUUAUCGUGCCGUUGAUGAAGGGGUUAUUAUGCCACCUGCAUUUCCUAGUGAAACACCUGGAUCAAUAAAAGAGUUUGUAAAGGAAAAAUACCGCCUUCCAAGAUUGGACCUUGAUGAAUUUUCCCCAGAAAAAGCUGGUAGGCAGUGGAAAUUCAACUGGUUUGAUAGAGCAGAAGUUGCUUGGAGCCAUCAUUGCUCUGCUCUGUUGUCGUUCCCGCAUGGGAAUUAUCUUUUAGACGUACAAAGAGGGAGCUUGAAAAAUGGGAACCUAGUUCGGUGUAGUGUCCUAGGUGGGAUGUAUCAGAACUUACUACAGGAGCCGAGGAUUCUAGUGCUUUGCCACGCAUUUCUGGACCUUGCAACGGAUUUUGUAAAGGGAAGCAUCAACAACCAUCCUUUUCAUCCCCGUGGUUUGGAUGAUUCUGAGUCUUUUGGGAUGAUAGUUCCAGAUGAUGCUUCUAAUGGUGAAUGGGUAUGGGAAGUGCUUAAUGGUGGUCCUGCCCUGGCCCUUCCUCCAAGCUUUAAAGAAGGUCUGGAUUUUGGGGAUCUUAAGAAGGCACAUCAUUUCUCUUGGAAUAUUUAUGAAGGUCAAAGUGCAACCGAGAACACAUCAGAAGUGAGCUGGUCAGUUGUUGCUUUGCAAAAAAAUUUCGACGCCAUCGGUGGACAGUUCUACGAUGCUGCAGAUUGGUUUGGGAAGGUAAUUUCUCUUAAGUUCUAUUGUUUAUGUUUCAGCUAUGUAUUUUAUAGAACAAGAAUCUGCUUUCGCUUCAUCUUAAAGGAACAUGUAAGGAAGUCAAUGGGAGAAUGUCAGCUGGAGCCUGCCAAUGAAGCCUUAGAAAGGUUCCGUCAUGGAAGUAAAAAGACUGUUCUGAGAUUGGUGGACAUGGAAUCUUUGGAUCGGACUUUGGAUUUCUUCCGGAAACUUUCCCAGGAAGUGAAGAAAGGGAGAAACCCAGCUGCCUCACCCAUUGACCGCUGUAGAGAGGGCCACUUUAGGAGGUAG